AUUGUGCGCGUGCGGUGUUGCCGUGAGAAGUGGGCGUGGCUGGCUUUGCGCUUGCUGCUUUGCGAGAAGAGGAAAGAUGGCGGAGGAGGAGAAGCUCCCCGCGGGCUGGGAGAAGCGCAUGAGCCGCAGCUCCGGACGUGUCUAUUAUUUCAACCACAUUACAAAUGCCAGCCAGUGGGAGCGCCCCACUGGAAACAGCAAGAAUGGACAGGGAGAGCCGACUAAAGUGCGAUGCUCUCACCUUUUGGUGAAACAUAACCAGUCAAGGAGACCCUCAUCAUGGAGGGAGGAUAAGAUCACCCGAAGCAAGGAGGAGGCCCUGGAGCUAAUUAAUGGCUACAUCCAGAAGAUUAAAUCCGGGGAAGACUUUGAAUCCUUAGCAUCACAGUUCAGCGACUGCAGCUCCGCCAAGGCUGGAGGAGACCUGGGUACUUUUGGAAGGGGUCAAAUGCAGAAACCUUUUGAAGAUGCCUCAUUUGCUCUGAGGACUGGUGAGAUGAGUGGACCAGUAUUCACAGAUUCAGGGAUUCAUAUCAUCCUACGUACGGAGUGAAAGUGCCUUGGCGCGACACACUUGGAAAGGAAAGGGUGGCGGGAAAAAGGAAAAAGAGAACCUUUCUUCCAACCUCUCUUUGCGCUCUCUAUCCCCAAACAAACUUCAUAUCUAGUCUUUUUAUUAUUUUAUCCCCCUCCCCUGGUUUCAUAUCUCAGUACCUUCUUUGGCACCUUAACACAAUGCCUUUCCCCACCUGUAGAGAUGUAUGGUUAGCUGAGGCUGAAAACGCAAUCAAAACCAAGAGACAGUACCAUCUUUCACAGGCAUGGCAAGGAGGAUGUUUUAAAGAAAAUAAAUAAAUAAAUAAAUAAAUCCACAGCCGCUUGAGUCUGAUAUUGACGAUUUCUCCAGUUCAGGAGACAUGUCUGUGCUACAGGGUCAUACUUCAACGCUUUCGCUCCAUAUCCAACUUAUAAUAGAGUUAUUUAUUACAGGGCUUCACCGACAGUGGCAAAACUUAGCUCUUGGUGUUUUAGAUAGAAAGAAAAUCUCUUCAGCUGGUGUCCAUCAUUGUUUAGGUUAAAAAGUAUUAUCUCCUCCCCACCCCAAUCAAUUUUUCUUGCUCAGAAUUCAGUGGCAUUUUGUUUUCCAGUUGACCAAUCAUUGAUAAAUUGCUCUUGGAUACAUAAUGAAAGCCAUACUUUUAGAUGGCCUGGUAGAUUCCCUUUAAAUUUGAGAACCAAAAAAAAAAAUACACAGUGCCCAAACUGAGCCAUGAGAGUGCACACAUGCAGCCCAUUGGACAUUCUCAUUUGCUUCCACAGAGGGGAUGUUUUCCAUACUUGUUAAGAGACAUGUAGGUUGCAUUGCCUCCUCCAUAGAAGUGAAUGGGGGAGACCUGCUUGGGCAGAAAUUCAGUGUAGGCACCCGAGCAUAGGACUCUGGAUCCAGAGCCCUGACUUUUAACCUGCCGUGUGUUGGCUUUCAGUAUGCUUCCACAUUGACUUGGAGAUGCCUUUUUAGGAUAAGCAAAGACAUUAACCAUUGUUACCCUUCCCAUUCAUCUCCUUCCUCUCACCUUCCCCCAAUUUAUACAUAUGUAAAGUUAUAUUAGGAAAAACUAUGUCAACCAUUCCUGUGUGUGGUUCUUGAUGUUGAAAUGCUAUCCCAAGGGAGGGCCAUGAGAAGUAGACUUCCAGGGUUUUUUUCUAAAGAGGCAGGUCAUGAUCCAUUUGUGGUUUAAGAAAACUGUAAACUCACACUUUCAGUUACGCUACAUUGCUUUUUGUUUAGUAAAAUCAAUAAGAUUUCUACCAAGUUCCUCACUUUGGGUUUGAUGCAAGCAAGCUUUGUGUGUGUGUGUGUGUAUAUAUAUAUAUAUAUAUAUGUAUAGAGAGUGAGUGUUACAGUUCUCUUAUGCAAGAAAAAUAAAAAAGCCUCGCCAAUCAAAUAUUA